AAAUAUUUGGUGACUCAAAACCAUUUUCUUUUCUCGCAAGUAGUUCCCGUUUCUUCUUCCUCACCGCGAACCCGAAAAUGAGGGUUUUCACGGCUUGCACCCUCUUGCUUCUCCUCCUCCUCCUCUUCCUCUCCUCCGUGGAAUCCCAUCGCUUUCAUCUUCCCAAGUCCGACGGGAAGUAUCUCACUGAGGACGAACAAUGGCUCGAUCAAAGCAUCGAUCACUUUUCCCCCAUUGAUCAUCGUCAGUUCAAGCAGAGGUAUUAUGAAUUUUUGGAUUAUUACCAAGUUGGGGGGCCCAUAUUUCUUAAAAUAUGUGGUGAAUCUGCAUGUUUAGGAAUUCCUAAUGAUUAUACAGCUGUCUUAGCCAAGAAGUUUGGUGCUGCUUUGGUUUCCCUUGAACAUCGUUACUAUGGGAAGAGUUCUCCUUUUGAUGACUUAGCUACAAACAACCUAAGAUAUCUUUCCUCAAAGCAGGCUUUAUUUGACCUAGCUGUUUUCCGUCAAUAUUAUCAGUUGAUUGUCUUGCAGGAAUCUAUAAAUGCAAAGUAUAAUCUUUCAAAAGCAGAGAACCCUUGGUUUGUUUUUGGUGUUUCUUAUUCUGGAGCACUCAGUGCAUGGUUCCGCUUGAAGUUUCCUCAUUUGACAUGUGGGAGUCUAGCAAGUUCAGCUGUUGUUCUAGCUGUUUACAACUUCACAGCAUUUGACCAGCAGAUCGGAGAAUCUGCUGGUGCUCAGUGUAAAGCAGCACUUCAAGAAAUUACUGAACUUGUUGACGAGGAACUUCAAUCUGAUGGAGGAUCAGUGAAGGCUUUGUUUGGAGCGGCUCAGCUGAUGAAUGAUGUGGACUUUUUAUACUUUUUGGCUGAUGCUGCUGUUACCGCUUUUCAAUAUGGCAAUCCUGAUGUACUUUGUUCUCCUCUUGUUGAUGCCAAAACAUCUGGCAAAAACUUGGUGGAAGCAUACUCUAGUUAUGUUAAAGAUUACUAUCUUGGAAUCUUUGGUGCUUCAGUUAAAACGUAUGAUCAACAGCAUUUGAAGAAUACAACUGUUAGUGACGCGAGUGGGGAUCGGUUAUGGUGGUUCCAAGUUUGCAGCGAAGUAGCUUAUUUUCAAGUCGCACCUGAAAAUGACACCGUUCGUUCACCAAGAAUUGACACACAGUACCACCUGAACCUCUGCAAAAAUGUUUUUGGUGAAGGUAUCUACCCGGAUGUGGACAUGACUAAUUUAUACUAUGGAGGCUCAAAAAUUGCUGGUACGCGCAUAGUUUUUACUAAUGGCUCGCAGGACCCCUGGCGGCAUGCAUCCAAGCAAACAUCAUCUCCAGAUUUGCCUUCAUACAUCAUCAACUGCCAUAAUUGUGGGCAUGGGACUGACUUGAGAGGAUGCCCCCAGUCUCCUUUGAACAUUGAAGGUAAUGCUGAAAACUGUUCUUCCCCUGAAGCUGUGCACAAAGUUAGACAGGAGGUCAUAAAUCAUAUUGACUUGUGGCUUUCAGAAUGCAAAGGGAAAUGAUCCUUGGAUUUCACUUUUAUGUUAAGGUUCACCUAAUAUACAAUUUGGUGCUCCCUUGGGCAUAUUGGGAUCUAGGCUGCAAGAUCAUUCAAACUAUCAGUAGAGUUAUGCCUACCCAGCUUGAAGUGCUAUCCUAAAAGUUGUUUCAGCAUUUUAACGGCGCUAACCUUGACUAAUUGUGUUCUUCCUUAAAAAGUGGAUGGGUUGGCUAAAAUUUUAUAACUGGUGAUGUCUUACGCAAAUGUUUAUUUUUUUAUGAUUGCAAUGUUUGUAAAGUUUGAUUCCCUUGAACAUCAAAUUUGAAUUUUCCUUGGAUGAA